GGAGAGGAGGAGAGAGAGGAAGGCGGAAGCGAUGGCGCCGAUGGCGCCCGGUGCCGGGAGUUGGUAACCCCCGGGGCGGUACCGCGGAGCAGCUUCGGCUUUGUUUGGGUCGGUACCGCUGGGGAAUGGGCGUGAGCACCCGCAGCGGGGUGAGCUUUGGAGGCUGGGCAGCGGUUCCGGGGUGGUGGGCAGGUUCUGCAGGGGGCGGUUCGGUGAGGAGGCCCCGGGAAGGGAGCGGAGGUGCUGAGGGCCCCGGGGAGGAGCGUGGUGAGUGGGGCCCUGGGGAAACCCGGGGAAAGGAGCGCUGCCUGUUGUGCCCUGUUCCGUCCCGUCCCGUCCCGUCCCCCCCCUAGGAACCCGGGGAAGCCGCUCUCGGACUGAGCUUUGGCAACCUCAGGGCCCUGCUGAGUAGCCCGGGGGGUGGGAGCCUGGCAACCCUCUCAGCUCAUCCCACCGAGGCUGUUGUGGUAGUGCUGGAGUAACCCCAGGGCCAGCCCAGCCCCACCAUGCCAGCCCAGGGCCCGCGUCGGGUGCCCUGGGUGUUGGUGGCCACCUUGGGCUCGGUGCUGGCCACGCUGCUUCUGCUGGAUCUGCGGGUUCUGGGCUUGCUGUGUGGGACCCUGCUGGCCUUGGGGGGGUGGUUGGGACCCCUGAGCCUGACCCCCCCGGGCCGGUGCCUCCGUUUGGAGCAUUUUGUCACCUCCCUGCGGCCGCCCCCUCCCAGCCCGGAGGAGGAGGGGCGACUGGAGAGGGAAAUUUCCUGCACCAUCCAGAAAGUGGUGAGGGAUUUCGUAGCUUCCUGGUACCAGACGGUCAGCAGCGAGCCAACCUUCCAGGCUGAGGUGGAAAAGGCCAUGAAGGGUUUGGCCACCGAGCUGAGGACACGGAUGGGGAGAGUGGAGAGGAGAGCCCUGGCCCAACGCCUCCUCCUCCUCUGUGGCCACCACUUGCAGUGUUACCUCCGGGCCAGGGAGGUUCUGAAGAAGCCUUCAGAAAGCAGCAAGACCCUGUGGCAAGUGUACAGUGGUCUGGCAGGGCCUCAUCCUGCCCUCUGCAGCCCUGCAGCUGAGGUUGGUUACGCCCGAGCAGCCGUGGAGAAAUUCCUGAGGGAAUUGGUGCCCCCUUCCCACCUGGAGAGCAGGACGGGACGUUUCGUGGUGGUGGAGCUGAUUGCCUGCAACGUGCUGCUGCCAGCCAUCAGGAAGAUGGCAGAUCCUGACUGGAUCAACCUGCUGCUCAUUGGGGCUUUCUCCAAAAAACCUCGGAGAAAGGAGCCACCCCCUGCACCCCCACACCCUGUGCCUUCUCCUCUGCAGGCAGAUGCCACCCCUGCAGGGCUGCCCACCCCCCUCAGGGCUCCAGAGGUGCCAGGGAGGGAGGUUGGGGCUGCUGGGGAGGAGGGAGAGGAGGUGCUGAGCAGGAUGUGUCCCCCAGAGGAGCCUUUCCUCUGCCCACGAGCCCUGGGCUCCCUCUUCCCCUGUGAGGGCUUGGAGCUGGAGUCCCCUCUGCCUGAUGCAGCCCAGGACAUGGAGCUGCUGGCACCUUCCCCCACAGGAGAGCUCCUCACUGAACCUCUCCAGGACAUUGCAGCUGUGCUGGAGGGAGCAGCCACCUCAGAGAAUGGGGUGGGGGACCUGGAUGAAGGGGUUGUCACCACCUCAGACACUGGCCUGCUUCCCAGCUCCACUCCUGCUCUGAGCUCCUGCCCUGACAUCCAGAUUGAGCCAGCAGCUGAGAAGGAAGAGGAGAGCUCAGCUGCUCUCAAAAAGUCUUCUUCACAGAGGCCCUCCAGCUUGGGGAGGGAUCUGGGAGCAGCAGAGGGGUUGGCACAAAGCCCCCUGGACCCGGGGCAGACUCUGUCCCUGCUCACAGCCUCCCCAACAGCUGCCAUCAGCACCUUCAGCUUCGAGCCCCUCAGCAGCCCUGAUGGCCCAGUUGUCAUCCAGAACCUGAGGAUAACUGGGACCAUCACUGCCCGGGAGCACAGUGGCACAGGCUUCCACCCUUACACCCUCUACACAGUCAAGUAUGAAACAGCUCUGGAAGGGGAGGCCGUGGGCAGCCUGCCCCAGCUGGCCUAUCACACCGUCAACCGCCGCUACCGCGAGUUCCUCAACCUCCAGACCCGGCUGGAGGAGAAACCAGAACUGCGCAAGCUGCUCAAGAAUAUCAAAGGCCCCAAGAAACUGUUCCCUGAGCUCCCCUUUGGAAACAUGGACAGUGAUAAAGUGGAAGCCAGGAAAAGUCAGCUCGAAUCUUUUUUGAAGCAAUUGUGUGCAGUCCCUGAGAUUGCAAACAGUGAGGAGGUGCAGGAGUUCCUGGCCCUGAACACUGAUGCCAGGAUUGCCUUUGUCAAGAAGCCCUUUGUUGUCUCCAGGAUAGACAAGAUAGUUGUCAAUGCCAUCGUGGACACCUUGAAGACAGCAUUCCCCAGGUCAGAGCCCCAGAGCCCCACAGAAGAACUCAGUGAGUCUGAAGUGGAUGGGAAAUCUCAGACAGAUGGGAAGAAAGCCAACAAGUCCAGGCUGAGGUUCUCAUCCAGUAAAAUUACCCCAGUGCUGAGUGGGAGUGAAGCUCAUGACAGGAUUGUCUACUCCAUCAGAGAGGGCAGCACUGUCUCUGGAACCCUCUCACUGGCAGCUAUGGAAUCCUUCAUCCAGAAGCAGGAGAAGCUGCUGGAAACAGCCUCCAGCAAAGGUGAGGGAGGCAGAGAAGUGAAGGAAGGCUCCGUGCAGGAGGAUGUGGAUGGGCUGAGCACCUCGGAGCAGAGGGCACAUCUGGAUUCUGACUCAGAGACUGCUUUGGCUGAUCUGGCCCUGGAUGUGCUUCAUCUGCUGCUGGUGGAUCACUGGAGCUGGCUGUGCACAGAGGGCAUCCAGAAGGUGUUCCACAUGCUCUUUGGGACCCUCAUCCAAAGAUGGCUGGAAGUCCAGGUGGUUAACCUGACCUGCACCCAACGUUGGGUCCAGUACCUCCAGUUGCUGCAGGAAUCCAUCUGGCCUGGAGGAGUUUUACCAGCAGUGCCUAAACCAGCCAGGACAGAGGAGCAGAAGAAAGCAGCAGCAGAACAGGCUUUGCAGAGCCUGAUGGGCAUCCUGCCUAAUGUGAUCCAAGAAAUCCUUGGGACCAGCAAAUGUCGGAUGAGCUGGAAUCUGGUACUGGAGUCCCUGGGUCAGCCUGUGAUCAACAAGCACCUGGUUUUCUGCCUCCUGGAUGUUUUGCUGGAGUUCCUGGUCCUCAAGGGCUCCAGCCAGCAGCUUGAGCCCUCAGCUGUUGUGCAGUCUGCCUCCAGUAACCUGGACAAAGCAGGAGUUCCAGAACAUUAACCAGGGCUAAUGGUGGAGGAAACCAGGUGGAGGAAAGCAGCAGCCACAGGCAUGGCAUGAUUUGAUUUUCAGUGUUUACUGAACACCUCUGGGAGCUUCUUGUAAAGAAUUUUUUCCACCCAGUGCUAAAUAAGCCUGCUUCCAGGUUUCUCUGAUUUGGCUGAGUGAUGGAUUAAACCCAGGAGCUGAAGAUGACCUGAUGGAGAGCCUGGAAUGAUGGUGCCUGAGCAGGACAGUCUGAGGAGGAUCCACAACCUUCCUCUCUUGACUUGCCCCACAUUUCUGAGGUUCUCUUAACAUCUGAAGGCAAAAAGAUUUGGUUUUGUGGCCACAGUCUCCAGCAGGCACUGGCAGGCAGAGGCUUGGUGUGGUUCCAGGUGGUAUCUUGUUGCUAGAUCUUUCUCCAGAAGAGGUGAAGGGAGGACCAAGUGCUGUCCCUGCUGCUGUUCCCUGUGCCUACAACUCUCCAGCCAUGUCACCAGGGGGAAUAUGGAGAGAGAAAGGAGCAUGGAGAGGCCAUGACAGCCCUGAAGUCAGCAUCAAGGACCCAUCCCCACUGCCCAGGAAACUGGGAGGUUGAAAGCAGUGCAGAAAUCCAAGCUUUUGUCCUACCCUAGGGACAAAAUAAGCUGCCUCACCCUGUCCCUGCUCUGACAGUCUUGUUCUGGCAUCUUCUGCUGCCUGAACAGCAGGAUACAAGUAGGGGGUAGACUGGUCCUGGAAAAGACAACUUUCCCCAGGCUAAAGAGGAAGGGAAUCUUAGCUGGAAUUGAGGAAUACUUUGCAUUUUGCCUGCUGAGUCACAUUUGGAUCCCAGAGAUUGUCACCUGGAAGGCAGAGGAGAAAAGGAACUGACCCACCUGUGAUGGACAGCAAGUAAACUAACUGCCCCACACCAGUUCCAGCAAGCUCUGGAAGAGGAGUGAGCACCUCUGGGGCUGGGAGAAAUCCCAGAUGCAUGUCAUGGACAGCCAGCAGGAUUAGACCUUAGGAAGAGGGUUGAGGUCACCACUUGAGCUGUGUUGUUGGUGGCAGUGUCACUGGGCUGUGGUUUCCCAGGCCUGCAAUUGCAGCAGCUGUGUGCAGAGGCUUCCAGGGAGGCUCUUACAUCAUGGCAUGUUGAGCUGACAGCUGCUUCCCUGGAUCAUCCAAGGCUGGAGUGAUUUUUUUUUUUCUUUUUGCAAGCUGUCAGGUUUGUGACAGGGCAGAUAGGGACGUGGAGAAAAGGACAGACUGGUUUGUGGACCUGGUUUUGGUGAAAUAAUGAACUGAAGAGUGCUGGACUUGGCUGAGCAAAGGGAUUCUGCUUCUGGUGGUGUCUGCAGAUCAAAGGAGAGAGCUCACAAGCUGGAACCAUGCAGGUGGGGGUGUUCCAGGUGUGUUUCCCAGAGCCUGCUGUUCCUUGGAGCCUGGAUACUCCUGUGGGAUGUUUGGAGAGAAGGGGAUGUAACUCCCGGAGACUUUGCUCUUUCUAGAGGCAGCUGCUAUGAGGGAAAACCCUUCAUCCCCCUCUGCCUCAGUUUCCCCCAGCACUCCCUGCUUAGACUGCAAGCUCCCUGGAAGCAGGGACUGCUCAUCAAUCUGUACAGCAGAGAGUGCAGUGGUCCUGAGCUCCAAAGCACCCCUGUCAGCCAAACAGGAGAUGUUGUCCUGAGUCAGAGCUUGGUGUUUUGUGUGUUUUGGAGAAGAAGUGUGCACAGUUCUCUCUUAUUUCUUGUGUCCAGACCCUCGUGCAGCCAUCCCAGUACACCCAGUGGAAGAGUGCUGUCCUGAGAAGCUGUUUUGGUGUUAAAUGGGGAGCAGCUCAGUGCUCCCAAGCACUUGUGACUUCUGUUCUGAUUCUCUGUACAAUAAUAUUCUCUUUCAA